CAUCUCUCUUUACGCGGUGCAUCUCACUGACAUUUCUCUGUUGAGAUUUACUUUUAAUAUGCCUACUACUAUUACUUGUUACAGCCCUUUCUGGAUAUCUUAGUGUUUACCUUUAGUUCGUAAAAUAAAAUGUCGAAAAUGAGUUCCAAAGAUAAAGAUAAUAAAACGUUACAUGAUAAAUUGAAACAAUUCUUUCGCAUUAAUAAAGGAAAUUAUAAAAAUCGUGAAGACUUUACAUUAACUCAUGAUCUUGAGAAAGAAAUUAGUCCUGAAAGUCCUGUGCACCAUCGUACGAAAGCAAUUAAAGAUCUGUGUGAUGCAGUUCUUAAUCAACAAUGGGAAGAUAAAGCAGCUGAAAGAUUAUGGUAUUUAGUACAAGAUCUUUUAGAAAAGGAUGUGCCCCGUGAACAUAGGCAUGUGACAUUAAAUUUUCUACGAUGUCUUGUUCAAGGCCAAUAUUCUAAAUUAUCUUCUCUUAUGAGAGUAAAGUUUUUUAUGGUUGUUAAGGAACAUAAUAUUCCUGAAGAUAUUGGGCCUAGAUUAGAACUUCUACAAAGCUUGACAGAAAAUGGAAAAGAUAUAUUACACUUAGAGGAAAGAAUGGGACCUUUCUUAUUAGAUUGGAUGCCUGUUGUAACAGUAGGAGAUGGAAAAAGAGGGGCCGAGUUUUUAUCACUUCUUGUUAAUGUCAUAAAAUUUAACUCGGCUUAUAUUGAUGAAGAUAUUAUAUCAGGCCUUGUUCAAUAUAUUUGCCAUCUAUGUUAUUGUAGCAAUAUCAGUGAAGUUGUUUCUGGAUGCUUAGAGGCUUUAGAUGCAAUUGUUUGUUACAGUAAUUUACAGUCUGAUUCAUUACAAACUUUUAUCAUUGCAUUAUGUGGAAGUGUUAAUGUUGAAACAUACUGUCAAAUAAGUUGGAAGAUAAUGCGUAACUUAUUAGGUACACAUAUGGGUCAUUCUGCACUAUAUACAAUGUGUCGUUUGCUACAAGAUACAAAUUUUCAGAGAGAUGUUCGUUUACUUAGAGGUGCAGUAUUUUAUGUAAAUAUGGGUCUUUGGGGGACUCAUAAAAUUCCAAAAUUAGAAUGUACUCCUACAUCAGUUUUACCCUCAUUUUAUCAAGCUUUAAAAUGUAAUCAUCCAAUUGUUAUGUAUGAAGUAACAUUAUCAAUUCAAAGAUUAGUAAAUAAAUAUGGUGCUGAGUUAUGGGACCCUACAUGGAGUAUUAUUCUUGAUAUUAUUGAAGAAGUUAUUUCUCAUACAGAAACCAGUAAUCAACCUGCAACUAGACAAGUCUCAGUGAAUUUACAUGAAACAAUAAAUAGCAUUGAAAAUUUAUUGGAUAGUAACCAUUAUAAUGGUUGUGUUCAACGAUUUUAUGAUCUCGUUGAACGAUGUAGUGAUGCAAGACCUGAAGGUUCCGUUUUGAAAUUAAUUGAAUAUCGAGCACGAACUAUAGGACCUACACAUUAUCAAUGGCAAUCUAAAUUAGCAAAUUUGAUGGAACGUUAUUAUAAAAUUGAAACACGUACUAAUGUUAGAAUGAAAGUUCUUGAUGUUUUAACAAAUGUCGUUCAAGUUAAUAGAUCGAGAUAUGAAGACGAAUUAAUUGAGCGAAUAAUUGUGCCAUAUUUUCAACACGUUGAUAUGGAUUCAGAUAUUACAAUUCGUAAUGGUGUUGCACAUUUACUUGUUGAUCUUUGUCUUGAAUGUGAUACAAAAAGAUGUUUAGAACUUUUAGAUAUAUUGGAGAAGGUAAUCAACAAGCCCUUCAUUUCUGAUGCUCCAGUUACAAAAGAUAGUGAUAUUAAAGAUGUAAAGACUGCAGUUGUUGGUGUGAUGAAAAUAUUAACAUCAAAAAUUUAUUAUUUACCAUCAAGUCAUGCCAUACGUGCUUAUAAAGUUUUAGUGAAUCAUUUGGAACAGCAUUAUAAAGAACCAACUGUCUUCCAUGAUAUUUCUACAAUUCGAUACUUGAUUUUUGAAUGCUUUUUAAAAAUUAGAGCGAAUACGCUUUAUCAUCUUGGAUUUCUGGAUACUCAAAAUUCAUCCGUAAUAAAGUUCAGUCCAUAUUUAGUUUUAGAACAUGCAACGACUGAACGAAUGAAUAGUGGAGGAGGUGGCAACAGUCCUCCACCAGUUAGUCCAGCUCCAUUACAGCACUUAUCUUGUCAAAUUACUCAUAUGUCAUUGGCACAUGCAUGCAAAGCUGUUAUUUCUUGUAUUAUAUCGGAAAAAGAUUGGAAAGUUUUGCAACUUGUAUUAAAAGAAUUGCCCCAAGUAAUGCAAAACAGAGCAUUAAUAUUAUCACGACAUUCAAAUGACAUUGACUACUUUGCAACUGCACUUUGUUCAAUGGUCAGUGAUAAGAGUUUGAGACUUCCAGAGUCUCUCUACAAUGUUCCUCCAAAAUUUACCCUUUCAGAAUUUCGCGUUCAUGUUUUCCCAGUAUUAGCAUCAUUAGCUUCAUAUCAUGCACAUUUGGAGCCCAAUUUACAACAGCGUUUGAUAAAAUGUUUAGAGGUUGGUUUAACAGCAAAGUGUGCAAGUCAGUGUGUUACUAGUCUUACAACUUGUAUUUUAGAGAUGCGUGAUGCGAUGAACAAACUUCUAUCUGAAGUACUUUUAAAUUUGUCAAAAAUUUCAGCAACAGUACAUAUAGCUAUACCAAUUUUGGAAUUUCUCUCUACUCUUACUAGACUUCCAAAAGUUUUUGCAAGUUUUAUUGGAGAUCAGUACAUGUCAGUUUUUGCAAUUUUAUUGCCAUAUACAAAUCCUUUCAAAUAUGAUCAUUAUACAGUAUCCUUAGCACAUCACGUAAUUGCUGUAUGGUUUUUGAAAUGCCGACUACCAUUUCGUAGAGAUUUUGUUAGAUUUAUUACUACAGGUUUGAAGGCUAAUGUAAUAGUUCCCUUUGAAGAGGGACAUUUGAUGAAGUCAGAUUUUAAUUUCAUAAAUGAAGAUUCUUCAAAUAGGAAACGUAGCUCAAGUUUGACAGAGCAGGGUAGUAGAGGUAGAAGAGAAAGGCCUAUAAUGGCUAAUCGCAUGAUAGGAGAUAAUAAAGUUUCAGAUUUAAAGCCUCCAAUUGAUGAGGCUUUAAUGACUUUUCAUGUAGAGCUUACUGAAACUUGUAUCGAUCUUAUGGCCCGGUAUACAUUUUCAACUUAUUCAGCUCGGCCUAAAAGACUAUCAGCUGCCGAUUUUUUACUUAAAGAAGGCCAAUCAAUGACAUGGUUGCUUGGUAAUAAGCUUAUUACAGUAACAACAAGUGGUUGUAGCAAUAAAGCAAUGCGAAAUGGACUUUGUGAUAACUGUUGGGUUGUGUGUAAACCUGGCCCUCAAUCUCCUGAACAUUCGAAAACAUCUCAAUCAACUUUAAGACGAGCAUCGAGCACAGAGACAGCAAAAGAGGACAAAUUAUCUAGACAAUCUUCUGGAGGUCAUGGUAGCUCUACUGCAAAUACAGCUGCAAAUUCCCCAACAGAGGAAUCAAAGAAAACAUCGGAAGAUUUAGAUCCAAUAAAAAAAGAUCAUCCUACCGAAAAAGUAAAUAAAGACCAAGCAGAAUUAUCGAAAUUAGAACAAAUACUUAAUAGUGAAAAACAAGAAGAACACGUUCUUUGUGCUUGUUGGUGUCAGGGUUGGGCUGAAAUAUACGUGCGUAGACCUACAGGCGACAUGUCUUGGAUAAUGAGAAUUCAGAAUUCUAUGCAAUUUGAAACAAAUGUAGAUUUUCCUGUGUACGAUAUAAUGGCUUUAUAUAGACCAAAUCAAGAUUUAAUGCAAAAGCAGCCAGAAUCUACAUUCGAAUGUUCUGGGGAUGAAGCAGAGGACACUGCGGAUAAAAAUAUAGAUCAAGUACGAAGUGAUUACAACAUGAAGUCUGUGAUAUCUUCUGUAUCAUCGGGUCCAAUUGCAAUACCCGGUUCACCGGCUCGACCGAGUCCUUCGAGGCAAAGUUCUCGUGAUAGUUUAGAAAGUUUAGAGGAUGGUGAAGAUGAUUUACGUCGUUCUCGAAAUCCUGUACGCAGAUCAAAUUCUAGUCCCGAAAUGAGUGCUAAUUGGAAAAAUCCAUUCUUGAAUAAAGAAAAACAAAAUUUGCAGCAAAUAGAUCGAGAUCUUUCAUCAGCAGACAUUGAAGUUAAACUUGAUGCUGAAUUAAAAAAACCUGCAAAAACCACAUACGCAAAAGAUAUGAGAGUUAGUUGUGAAGCUAUACCAGAAGAAAUGUUUGGUAUGGGUACAACACCUCCGUCAGAAAAUACAUCAGAUCAUCCAACUGCAUUACGAUCUCAACGUUCUUAUCCGGGCGCAACACAAGUCACUCAAAUUAUUACGACUACUACUAGCAAUACUGUUCCUCCAUCACCUACUACCAUACAGGGUCAAGGAAACUUUUUAGGAGUACAGGGACGCGCAACACAAAUUCAAUCGUCUAUUGCAAAGCCUCCACAAUCACCUACACAAAUUUAUCCUCGUUUAUCUAGUCUUGAUUCUGGUCAAAAACAAAUGCCAUUAGGAUCAGAUAGUAAACCACCUAUUGGACGCAAUCAUCUAGCAGAUAAGCAAAAGGAUGAGAAACCUGAUCCUUCUAUGUUACCUCCUUUACCGUUACCUUUUCGUGAUAGAGGUCAUACGAUUUCUGUAAUGAGUCCUGUAAAAAAAUCCCGGGAGUGGGAUAAUAUUCGUAGAGGAAAUUCACCACGAGUGAAAGAAACACCUAAAACUAGUAUCAAUCCGAGUUUUGUGUUUUUGCAACUGUAUCAUACAGCACAUUUUGGUUCACCUUCAGAAAAACCUUUAUUGGUUCCACAGACAACGGCUGUACAAAGAGCAGUGACAAAUUUAGAUAGAAUACAACCAUAUGAAACGCAUAAAAUUGGAGUUCUUUAUGUUGGUCCAGGACAAGCUUCUAAUGAAAUUGAAAUUUUAGCUAAUCAACAUGGAUCACUUAGGUAUACAGAAUUCUUACAACGAUUAGGGACCUUAGUCCGAUUGAAGGACGUUGAUGAAGGUGUAUUUUUGGGAGGUUUAGAUCGUAAUGGUGAAAACGGAAACUUCGCAUAUAUUUGGCAAGACGAUGUUACACAGGUGGCAUUUCAUGUUGCUACAUUAAUGCCAACAAAACUAAGUGAUCCAAAAUGUACAUCUAAAAAGCAACAUAUUGGAAAUAACUAUGUUACUGUAGUUUAUAAUGAAUCUGGAGAGCCAUACAACAUACAAACUGUAAAAGGACAAUUUAAUUAUGCAUGUGUUGUGAUUCAACCCCUAGAUCAUGGUACUAAUCAAGUUACAGUUCAAGUAAAAGAAGAAUUAGCUAAACAUAUUCGACACAGUGAGCCAAAAAUUAUUUCUGAUCAAAAUUUAGCUAUUUUAUCUCGACAAUUAGCUCUUCAUGCCAAUCUUGCUUCGAUGGUUUCCUCAUCAUUAGAACAAAAUAGUCACAAUCCAUAUGCUUCUAAUUGGUUAGAACGUUUACGACAUAUUAAACGACUUCGGAAUCGUGUGUUGCAAGAAUCAAUAAAUAACAAUCCAGAUAGAACAACUGAUGACUUAUCACCAAGGUCGAACAAACGUAUUUAUAUGGAUGAUUUUACUGAAUAUACUACAUGAUUUAAUUUUAAUAAAAAAUUAUUUAAUAAUUAUCAUUGAAAUAAUCUAUAUUUGUUAUAAACAUAUUUAUAUAUUGAUGUAAUAAUUAAGUAUUAUUUCUGUA